AUGGCACAGUUUGUCCCUCGGCAAAGUUUUGUCGUACCAAACUCCAUACCGAAAACGUACUAUAUCGGCCAUCAUGCCAAGGGCUUCGGCGAGAUGACAAAAAUGAAGAGCCACAUCUCUCUUGCUCUCGAAUGCCGCGACGCUCGGGUCCCUUUCACAUCACACAAUCCCAAUCUCGAUCGCAUCAUAGCCGGUAACGAACGAAUCAUCAUCUACACAAAAUGCGAUUACACAACAGACACUCCAAAUCUCCAAAACAUACUGCGCAAGAUUUAUGGUGAUAAUAUCAUCUUCUGGGACAAGAACAGACCCUCGACGACAGAUAAGCUACUUAAAAUGAUCAAGAGCGCUACCGUGGCGCACGAUUCAUUGGUCGGUUUGCGGGCCAUGGUUGUCGGAGUGCCCAAUGUCGGCAAGAGUUCAGUGCUCAACGCUCUACGCUUCAAAGGCAUACCGAGGAAAACGGCCAAGGUAGCCAGGACUGGAGGCCAGGCAGGCGUGACGCGCAAAAUGGGUACAAAUGUGCGCAUCCUCGACCCAGAGGGGAAGAGUAAGGGCGUAGGCUUAAAUGGUGCAUUUCUGUUGGACACCCCCGGUGUCUUCCCACCCUACGUUCGUGACGGCGAGGCUAUGCUAAAAUUUGCGCUCGUGCAGGGCAUAAAAGACGGGUUAAUACCAACCGAGAUACUGGUGGACUACCUCCUCUACCGGAUGAACCUCUUCAAGCCGACCUUGUAUAAGAGAUACUGCGAACCCACCAACGACGUUCAUGAGUUCCUUACCGCCGUUGCUCGGAAAGACGGCCUAAUAAAGCUAAAAGGCGUUCCUGAUUUACAAUCGGCUGCUAGCAGAAUCCUACACUUGUGGCGACAUGGGAAAAUGGGCAAGUUCGUGCUGGACGAUGUAUCCGACGAGGGAUCAGAGAAGCACCAGCAGUCCAUAGACAACCCUCCUCUAAGUCUAAACCAAGCAAAGAAACAGAAGAAACAAGCAAUCGCACAAGAGAAGGCAGGUGCCUAG